AUGAAACCCCACGCGUCUCUCAUUGGUACUUUGUCGUUUCUCGCGGCGACAGCCACGGCAAAAACAUGCAUCAAUGCCACGGUGCCCGUUACGAUAUCUGCUCGUCAAGCAGUAUUCGAUAUCGAGGUUCCAACAACCAAUCUCACUACUCCCGAUUUCUUCCUCAAUAUAACACAGCAGGGAAGAAACUUCACGGAUAUAGCUUUGUCAGGAUAUCAGACGACGACUGGGACUUAUAAUAUCAGUACUAUGUAUUGUAAACCCGAUGCGGAUAAUUCGAGUAAUCCAACAAUACAGGUCCUAACCCACGGUAUCGGCUUCGAUAAAACCUACUGGGACCUCCCUUACAACAACUUCAACUACUCCUACAUCGACAUAGCCACCACCAACUACUCCUACCACACUCUAUCAUUCGACCGUCUCGGUACCGGUGCUUCCUCGCACGGCGAACCCCUCAAUGAAAUUCAAUCCUACAUCGAAGUAGCCGCCACCGCGGCCCUCACAACCAUGCUUCGCAACGGUACAUUUCCAUCCGCAAUGAACACGUCCUAUAGCCGAAUCGUGCACAUUGGUCAUUCAUUCGGAAGCGCCCAAACAUACGCUUUAGCAAACAUGUAUCCCAAUAUCACCGACGGAAUCGUAUUGACUGGAUUCACGAUGAACAGUUCCUUCGUAUCCUUAUUCGCGGCGGGAGGAAACUUCCAACAAGCGCAGGAAAACCAACCGUCUCGAUUUUUUAAUUUUACUGCCAACAUAGGGACUACGGAUAUCUCAUUGUCGUCGCCCGAAGCCGUGCCAGCAGGGUACAUGGUUUCAUCCAACGCGGCCGCAAACAAAUAUCUAUUCCUCAAGCCCAACUAUUACGAUCCAUCGAUCCUCACCUAUGCCGAAAGCACAAAGCAGACGGUUACACAAGGAGAACUUCUUACAUUGGGAUCCUUACCUAUGACUAACAAUUAUGCGGGGCCGGUUAUGGUCAUAGAUGGGGAUGCGGAUUUACCUUAUUGUGGAUCGGAUUGUUUGGCUACCGGAGGGGUUGCGGAUUCUUUGGCUGCGAUGGUGAAGGAUUGUUUCCCGAAUGUUGGCGAGAGUGAUUUCGAGGCGUAUAUACAGCCCAAUACUGGACAUGGCAUUAAUUUGCAUUAUAAUGCGACGGGAGCAUAUGGAGUGUGGUUGGAUUGGUUGGGAGAAAAGGGAUUGGCGGGUUCGUAA